AUGUGGAUUUUACACUAUUUUUACCAUUCUAAACGGCAUCAGUGGUGUCUGUACUUUGCUUUGCUUCUCUCGCCCGUCUGGUCGGACGACGCUUGCCCGCUGUCGUGCGUCUGUGCCAGAGACUCGGGGACCGUGAACUGCCUACCCGACCCAGAGGAAACUGAACUACCAGCAGACAUACCGGAGUGGACGUCUACUCUUAUACUGAAGGGGAGAAACAUCUCCACUUUACCUCGUGGCGCGUUCACUUUCAAUGGCACCGAGUUGCUGAUGAUGGCGACUCUGUCGCUGCCCUUUAACGGCAUCCAGGUUGUUGAACCGUAUGCUUUCCUUGGACUCACGCGUUUACAUUUGCUAGAUCUGAGCCACAACCAGUUGAGGUUUAUCUCAGCGAGGGCUUUCCAUGGAAUGCCAGAAUUACGCUCUCUGUAUUUAAAUUACUCCAUAAUGCCAUCGGCCAUGGCGCAACUGUCAUACGCGCUGAACGCAGAAAGUUUGCGUAAUCUCCAUAGAUUAGAGCUGGCUGGAAACAGGCUGAAGUUUAUACCAUUAGAGAGAUUAGAUAUCUACAGCCUCCAUGCGUUAGUGCUUAUAAAUAACUCAAUAGAGAGCAUCGAUAAGGAAAACAUAACCAGUUUGUACCAGCAAAGGCGCGUACGCGUCUAUUUGUCUUUAAAUCCCUUUCGGUGCAGCUGUGAGCUGGAGGCAUUCUACUACUGGUUAAAGAACUCUUCCCAAUGCCAGGACGCUGGACGGCUCCUGUGCAGUGAGCCCGAGCCCAAGAGGGGGUUCCCUGUGGAAAAGCUCCGAUCAGAAGACGUGGACUGUAUGAACGAGAACCUGGAAGCGGUUUCCUACGUGUUCCUCGGUAUUGUGUUGGCCCUGAUUGGAGUAGUGUUUCUGAUGGUUCUGUACCUCAACCGUGGAGGCAUCAAACGGUGGCUCAACAACAUCCGGGAGGCAUGUCGAGACCAGAUGGAGGUCUACCACUACCGCUACGAGCAGGACUCAGACCCGAGACUGGCAAACGUGGCUGUUUAA